UAUUAGAUUCGUCUGCGAAUUAACGCAGGGUUGCUAAAGUAAUUUUCACCCCUAAACCAAACACUGCCUCUGACAAGAAGACUAGCCUGCCAGCUUCACCUCCCAUUCCAAUCGCCGAUUUGCCAUUCACCGCCCGCAACUGCCCCCCUCUCCACCACCAUCGCCCGCGCGCUCACGAGCUCGUCAGAAUCCUCGAGUGUUAAGAUGGAUUCAAGCAAUGCUCAAUCUGAAGGUUCAGCCCCAUCUGUUCCAAAAAACCCUGCCAUGGCUUCAUGCCGGAAGAAGAAAACCGAUGAUGAUGCUACCUUCAUCGAAGAUCUGAAAGACCAUAUCGAUGAGUUCAUUCAUGCCUCCAUGGAUGAACACAAGACCUGCUUUAAGAAGACAAUUCAGAAGAUGUUUGGGAUGUCAAAGGUUGUUGCAGAGCGAUCAGCCACGGGGGCAAAGGAAGCUGAAGUUGAAAGUGCUCUGCCUCUUCAAACCAGUGUCUCGCAGUAGAAUGUAUUGGUGUGGUAAUCUGUUCCUCUGUGUUAUCUGCAACACUGAAGUGUCGGCAGUAGUAUGUUUUGGACUUUUGGUUACUGGAUUCUAGUGUCUCAUUCUCCGAAGUUUGCUUUAUGAGUACAAUCAUGUCAUAAACACAGAUUUUAGACUAUGUAGGAGUGCAAGUUUGGGAUUGAAAUAUCGCCGUGCUUAUACUGGUUUCUGAUGUUGUAAUCAAAGUUAAUUCAGGUUUGAUUUGGUUUCACAGAA